GCGCAUGGAGGGGACGGAGCAGCCGGAGGGCUCCCGGCCGAGGCUGCUGUGAAUGAGGGGCUGCCCCCGGCUGUCCUCCCCACCUCCGGCUCCUCCUGCCGCCUCCAGCCUCCAGGUGCUCUGCGCYCAUCGGCAGAAGCCGCUGGAGCUGCUGGGAUCCCGCCGGCCGUGGCACUGGACGUGGCAUCUCGGCGCUGGACCAUGGUGCUGUGAGGGCCAGCAGACCCUGCCCACUGUCCUGCCAGCAUGUGGGCUGCCCCUGGCCAUCAGCUGCCCCUCRCCACAGCCCUGCUGAGCCUCCUCCUCCUGCAGCCGGGCAGCAGCGGGGCAGGGGAGCCGCACGCCCCGCGCCUUCGCCUCUCCUACAAAGACCUGCUGAAAUCCAACAGCUCUCGCCUGCUGCUGGCCUCAGGGGAUGGGAUGGAUUUCCAAGCCCUCUUGGUGGAUGAAGACAGGGGCUGGCUGAUGGUGGGAGCAAAAAACCAUAUCUUCCUGCUCCACCUGGACCAUCCCAGCAGAGAGCCUGAGAAGAUUUUCUGGCCAGCCCCCAGGGAGCAGGUGGAGCACUGCCAGCUGGCAGGGAAGAACGUGGAGACCGACUGUGCCAACUUCAUCCGCCUGCUCCAGCCCUUCAACCAGAGCCACGUGCUGGCCUGCGGCACCGGCUCCUACCAGCCUGUCUGCGCCUUUAUCCAGCUGGGAGCCAGGGGCAAGGGUGCCAGGGCUCCCCGCAUGCAGCUGGUGACCCACUCCUUGGAAUCGGGGCGAGGACGGUGCCCGUACAGCCCCCGUGAGCCCUUCACGGGACUCCUCAUCGAUGGGGAGCUGUAUUCAGGCACCUCCAGCGACUUCAUGGGCAGCAGCGCUGCCUUCUUCCGGACCUGGGUGCACGGGGCCGAGCAGAGCUACAUCCGCACGGAGCAGAACCAGGACCACUGGCUACACGAGCCCGCGUUCAUCGGUGCCUACGCCAUCCCUGACACCUACAACCCCCACGAUGACAAAAUCUACAUUUUCUUCCGUGAGACGGCCAUGGAAGCUGGGCAAUGGGAGCGGCGGCACAUCCAYGCCAGGGUGGCCAGGGUCUGCAAGAAUGAUGUUGGAGGGAAGCGCAGCCUCAUCAACCGCUGGAGCACCUUCCUGAAGGCCCGCCUGGUGUGCUCCAUCCCUGGGCCUCAGGGCACUGAGACCCACUUUGACCAGCUGGAGGAUGUUUUYGUCCUGCGCACCCGGGACCCCCAGAAUCCCCUCGUCUUUGGGCUCUUCACAGUGUCCAGUGGUGUCUUCAGUGGCUCUGCCGUCUGCAUCUACUCCAUGGCUGCCGUGAGAGCUGCCUUCAGCGGCCCCUUCGCACACAAGGAGGGAUUCGACUACCGCUGGGUAGAAUACAAAGGGCGUGUCCCCUACCCCCGCCCCGGCACGUGUCCCAGUGAGACCUACGACCCCCUGGUGCGCUCCACCAAGGACUUUCCCGACGAGGUGAUCAGCUUCAUGCGCGGCCACCAGCUGAUGUGGGAGCCCGUGUACCCGCAGGGCCGGCAGCCCGUGCUGCUCCGGGUCAAUGUGCCCUACCGGCUGCGGCGGCUGCUGGUGCACCGGCUGGACACGGAGAGCCGGCACCACGACGUGCUCUUCCUCGGCACAGAUGACGGCAAAGUCCUGAAGGUGGGACUGGCGGGCGGGGUGAGCCGUGGGCCCGAGGUGAUCAGCCUGGAGGAGAUCAGCGUCACCAAGGUGCCUUCUCCCAUCCUGGACAUGAAGUUGUCACCAAAGCGGCAGGAGCUGUUUGUGAGCAGCACGCACGGGCUGCUCCAGCUCUCCCUGUACCGCUGCGAGCUCUACGGCAAAACCUGCACCGACUGCUGCCUGGCCAGGGAUCCCUACUGCACCUGGGACAGCCAGACCUGUGCCCCRCACCUGCUCACCGAGAAGAGGCGUGCCCGCUGCCAGGACGUGCUGAAGGCGGACCCGCUCAGCCAGUGCCAGGACAGGGCAGAGGGGACUGCUGCGGUGGAGAAGGUGGUUUUUGGGGUGGAGAAGAACUCGACCUUCCUCGAGUGCSUGGCGCGCUCCCCGCAGACCGCGAUCCGGUGGCUGGCGCGGCACGGCGAGGAGACAGCCCCGAGCGAGGUCAGGAACAACGGGCAUUUCUUGGUGCUGGAGCAAGGGCUGCUGAUCCGCCAGCUGGCAAGGGAGGACACGGGCACCUACGAAUGCCAGGCGGUGGAGCGUUCCUUCUCCCGGCCCCUGACCCGCUACAGCCUUCGCGUCAUCGGACACGAGGCCAUGGAGCUGCCACCCUACAGACGGAGCAAGGGGGCCGAGCUGGGAGGGACCCACCAGAGCCCCCGGGCCCGGAUUGACCUGCACCCGGGCUCCAAGGGCUUCCCGCGGGCCCUGGGGGCACCGGGCACCAGCCUGGACGCCUACUGCAAUGCCCUGCGGCUGCAGGAGCGCCAGCGGCAGCGAGCCUGGCACAAGUGGCAGCACCCGUCCCCGGACAGCAAGAACGGCCGGGUGCGGCGGCACCCCCAGCGCCUGUGAGGGGCACAGGGAGCCAGGGCUGCCCGCAGCUCCUCCCGCUCUCUCCAGGGCCCUUCUCCGUGUGGGCACCAGCUCCGGAACGCCUCUCGCCUUCCCGUGCAGAACCGCCUCGCUGUUACUACCUCAACCCCGCCAGCCCCACGGGGCCCGCCCUGGCUCUCCGAGACUCAAAGCUCUUUACCUGCAGAAUAUUUAUURUCCUUGUUUUCCCCCGGCCCCUACUGACGACCAGCAGCAGCAAUAAUAAGCACAGAAGACAGGGAGGGGCAAGACCCAGCAGAGCCACUGGUUCCCUGACACCCACAGACCCAGCCCCGGCACGGCGCCUCUGGAKGGCAGCGGGACACACCUGGGGUCUGCCAGGGGAUGGACAGAGCCCAGGCACCGCUGGAGGCUGCAGGACACACCGGGGAUCUCCGGGGUGUGGACAGAGCCCAGGCACCGCUGGAGGCUGCAGGACACACCGGGGGUCUCUGGGGUGUGGACACAGCCCAGGCACCGCUGGAGGCUGCAGGACACACCUGCUGGCUGAGCCCGGGCUCCAGAUGUGCAGAGAUGCUCAUGCCCAACCCAGUUCCAACCCACAUUGCUUUCUUUUUUAAAUUUUGACAUUGAUUUUAC